GCCGCGUCUGUUUCCAGUUUUUCGUGGGACCGCCAUGGCGGCAGACGCAGCCACUGUACGGCGCCUACGCGUCCUCUCCAGGGUCAUUGCUGGCGUCCGCAAGAACAACGCCAGUGCGAAGACACUCUGGAAUGUAGAGGUGGAAGCUGCGCCACCAGGCACGGAAGAAGCUCACCGGAUCUUGCUGACAACGGCAGCCCUCUCCUUCGUUGCAGAUCUGACGCGCACUUUCGAGCAUGGCAUACAGGAGCUCUACCGGCGGCGGGCGCAGAGUAAGUGCGAGUUUGCCGACGGCCGGCGGCUCCCAGCAUUCCGCCACGGGGACAUCAGUGCCGCGUCCGGCGACUGGAGGGUAGCGCCGGUGCCCAGCAGGCUGACGAACCGUCACGUCGACCUGGGCGAUGUCAGCCCUGCAGACAUCGACCACUUCAGGGCCGCUCUGAAAGCCGACGUACAGGGCAUCCAGGUGGACUUCGACGACGGGCACUGUCCCACGUGGGGCAACCAGCUGGCCGGCCUCUUGGCGGUGUACCGAGCCGUGCACGGUACGCUGGAGGGCGCACCUCCCAUUACCGAGUGCCCCGUGCUGAUGCUGCGGCCCAGGGCUUGGAACAUGUCAGAGCGCAACCUGCUGGUAGAUGGCAAAGAGGUGCCGGGAGCUGUUUUCGAUUUCGCUCUCUUGAUGUUUCACUGCGGACACAUCCUCGCUGCGAAUCGGAGUGGACCAUUCUUCUAUCUGUCAAAAGUUGAAGGCGCUUUCGAAGCACGGCUCUGGAAUGAAAUAUUUGUAUGGGCCCAGGAUGCUCUGCGAAUACCACGAGGUACCAUUAAAGCAUGUGUCUUAAUAGAAAAUAUUCUGUCGUCUUUUGAGAUGGAAGAAAUACUUUAUGAGUUGAGAGAGCACUCUCUAGGGCUGAAUUGCGGAAUAUGGGACUACGCUGCUUCAAUUAUAGCGCAAUUCGGUGAUCGCAAGGAGUUCGUGCUGCCUGACCGUAACAAGUAUGUGAACAUGGAGAAACACUUCCUGGUGUCCUACAUGCGACUCGUGGUGCAGACCUGUCACAGAAGAGGUGCACACGCCACGGGAGGCAUGGCGGCGUUCGUAGUUGAAGGCGACGGCAGCAAAGAGAAGCUCAUAGUGGACAAAGUUUGUCAAGCGAAACUGCAGGAGAUUCAACAUGGUGUAGACGGCUUCAUGGUAUAUGAUUUGCGGUUGGUUCCCUACGUAAAUCAGCUGUGGGAGUGCGCCGCUGCCGGCGUCAACCAAUUGUCGGUGAUUCACCCAGCGCUGGUGGUAUCUCGCGAGGACCUGCUGCAGAUGCCAGCCGGAGGGGUGACAGAAGAGGGCCUGCGCCACAACAUCGCCGUCGCCGUGCUCUUCGUCUUUCACUGGUUCAAAGGCCGAGGUCACUUCUUCUACAGGGGCUGCGUCGAGGACUCUGCCACCGCAGAAAUCUCUAGGUCGCAAGUCUGGCAGUGGAUACGACAUCAGGUCUGUAUGGAGAAGACGAACGUAAUGGUGACUAAGCAUCUAGUGAAGCAGCUGACAACGGAAUUCGUACAGCAGCACCCGUUCUGCAAGGCGGAUGUCACAAAGAUGCAAGCUGCUGCGGAAGUCUUUAUGGACAUUGUAACCAGACGAGAGUUCCCGGAUUUCAUUACUACUUACCUGAACCAAUGUCCUAUUUUCUGGCACUUUCAGAGAGUGUGAAUCUUCUGGCAAUACGCUUCACAAGUGGCAGUUACGAGAUAAAAGAGCAGAAACGUU